GGCGGGGCGGGAAGCGGGCGGUGCCGCCGCGCUGCCGCAUAGCCUCGGCGGGCCCCGGCGCGCUGCUCGGCCGCGCUCAGGUACGGCACCGGGAGCGGGCGGCGCGGCCCCGCCACCGCGGGGCGACGCUGAACGGGGAACGGGGGGGAGGGGAGACCGUUCGGAGCGCAGCGCGGCGGCCCCGUGGCGGCGCACGGCGUGGGGUGGGGGCUGCCGCCCCGGGGCCGGCGGGGCGCGGGGGAAGCGCCGCGCGGAGACCCUGCGUGCAGCGCAGCGGAGCGGAGCGGUGCGGGGCAAAGGGCGCCCCACCCCGACGCGGCCACCGCCCCUCGGGCGCUCCGUGCGGGAGGAGCGCGGCCGCAUCCUGUUUCCCGCACCCGCGGGGCGGCCGCGGUCCCGCGUGGGGAGCGCGGCGGUCGGUCCCCGGAGCGGAGCCCCCGCCCGGCCCCGGAACUCCGUGCCCCCGCCCGGCCCCGGGGCUGCCUCGCUUCCAGCCCCAUAUUUGGAAGCGAUGCCGCGGGACCGGGACGCCCCGUGCGGGCCGGCGGGCGUGGGUGCCGCUGUGCUGCGGGGCUGUGUUUCAGCGCGAGUCGGGGCGGGGGAGAGCCGGAGCAUCCCUUCCCGCGCCGUCGCGGUGGGGAACGUGGGCUGCGGUGUGCGGCUCCGUGCUGCAGGGGGCCCUCCCGGUGCCGUUCACCGGGGACGAAGUCACCGGCCCCGCUGUCAGCCCGCUGCCGCCCGGCGCCCAUCCCCGGCGGGCAGGAACCGGCCGCGGCCGCCGGAGAGGAGGAAGCGGCGUGAAUCAGCCGCGCUGCGUGGGGCUGAGUCACCGCGCCGCGGAGCUGCCCGCCCGGGAUCCGCGGUGCUGCGGGGCGUGCGGGGCCGGCGCUGCGCCUCUGGGUUAAAACAUUAACUGCUGCUUUCGGUGGAGGAGGGGGAAAGCGUCGGGGCGUGAGACCUCGCUGCGCUGCGCUUUCUCAGAUUAAAAGGAAAAAAAAAAAAAAAAAGAAGCAAAACAAACCAAACACACACAUACACAAAAAAGAAAAGAAAAAAAAAAAAACAGAACAAAGCAGUUAAAGUCCUUCCAGUGCUCCGCCGGGCCGCGGUGCGGGGUGCUCCCCGCAGGAGCGGAAGGGCUGCGGGAACUUCCUGCGCUGCGGUCGCGCUGCUGCCCCUUCCCCCGGGCUGAGAGCAGCGAAUUCGGUUCCUUCGGGAAGGCUCUGAGGCCGCUGGACGUGUGCCACUGGCGUGCAGCGCAGGCUGCCUGCAGGCACAGCCCCCGUGCUGCAGAACCCGGCUGGGCUCCGCUUUGUUUUCUUUUUUUCUCUCUCUCUUUUUUUUUUUUUUUUUUGCAAACAUGAAACUUUCUCCAUCCCCGUGCUCGCAGCAGCGCUGCUCUGCAGCCGGGAGAUAUAAAUACAGCGGCGACGUCAUGGGGUGGAAAAUCGCUCUGUGCCCCGGGGAUGGCGGCGGAGGCGUCGCGGGGAAGGGAAGAGAAAUGCAGAAGUGCCCGCAGCCGCUGCACCGCUGCUGUGCUGGCUUAUCUGCCUCGCCUCCUACCAGCGAGCGCUGCUGAGUUGUUUGCUUUCCCUGGAGGGCGGCCAGCGCUGAAAAUUGGUGUGCGUUCAUCACAUCGUUUGGCUUUUUGUUUUUUUUUUUUUCACCUCCUAGUGGGGCAGCCUGGGGCUGGCGGUCCUCUCCUUGCGCUUCGCCUGGUCCGUGCCUGCAGUGGCACCGUCACGGUGCAGUCCUUGUGCCGGUGCUGUCCCUGCACCGGUGCCUUGGGAACACGGCGCUGCUGUCAUCAGCACGGAGCCCCACAUCUGCUUCCUGACGCGCCGGUGCCUCCGCAGAGCUCAGGGAAGGGCUCUCGCUGCCCUCUGAUGCCCCAGUGCGCACGCUCCCCACCCCUGCGGCUGACCGGCCUGCUGUCCCCACGCGUACCCCCGGUGCGGAAAUCCACCCGGGUCUUCCCCGUGCACCCCGCGGCGCUGCCGUGGGGCUGUGGGAGGCGGCAGCCGGCCGGGCGUUCAACCCUCGCGCCGUGCCCCACCGCCACGUUGUUAUGGGGCUGCUCAAAAUAGCAGAGACCACUUCUGCUUUACGCGCUGGUAGAGAGUAGUGCACAAAGCAUUUCCUCCGAACGUGGAAGGAGCAACGAGCCUCCGGCUUCUGCAUGGUUUAAGCGCCUCGCACGGCGCUAUUUGGGGCACGGGGCGGUGGCCAUGUGCGGCUGCUGCCGGCCCCGCAGAGCCGGAGCUGCCCCCCGUCCCGCUGCAGUUUUCCCUCCGGCACAUCUUGCAGCUGCGGGCCUCGUUCAGUGGUUUUGCAGAAAUUCACGAGUGAGGCCGGGUGCGGCGUCCCGUUUUCUUUGCAGUGUUGUCCUGCUUUGGGACAGUUUUAAUUUCUUCGCCUGCCUCUGCGCUCCUCUUCCUCCCCGCUCCCUGACCCUGCCCUGCAGGCAGAAGCGGGGGGAGGGAUGGAAAGGGCUCGGCGCUCCGCUCCGGGGUAUUUUUAGAUUUAGGGAAGAGGACGAUCCCCGUCCCGCCGGCCGCAGCCGCCCCGCCCGUCCGUCCCCUCAAAUCCCCGGCGCCUCCUUACGGCUCCCGGCCGUGGGGCUGCGGGGCGGCUGCGUGCGGGGCCGUCCCGCUCGCGUUGCAUUCCUCGUCGGCGGGGGCCGAGGGCCUCCGACGGGGCUCCUGCGCUGCAUUGCCGAACGGCUCAGGAAUGCGCAGCUGGAGCGGCUCCACGCGCUGGUGGAGGCGGCACCGCGCUCCUCCCGAGCAGAGCCCUGUGGCCGCCGGGAUCCGGUGGGGAGAAAGCUCCAGAGCCCCCCGGAGCGGACUGCAGUGAGCUGGUUGCUGCCCCAGUCCCGGUGUCCUCGAGCAGCACCGUCGUCGCUUCCUGGGGUCCCCACAGGGCUCCCUGCUGGACCCCGAUAGUGGGGUCGGACCCUGCUCCACGUGAGGUUUUCCUCUUGCGGUUUCUUUGCCACAGUUUUAAUUAAAGCCCCUUCCGUCGCACAGUGCUGCCUUAUCUCAGCACACUACCGACAUGCAUUUCCUCUGUGGUGUGGGUGACGGCGUUGCACGAGCACACCCCGCUCAGGGACACUGGGUGCACGAUGAGGGCACAGCAGCCUCAGGGCUCUGCAUUAGGAGGCCAGGCUGGGAACUCCAUCUGAAGCCCUUCUAUCCGUACUCCUAUUCUCCACCACCGUCACUUGCUCCUGGGUUUGGACCUGAGCUCUGAGCUCUGCUCCCUCACCACCUCCAGGCACCCGCAGAGGGGUGACACAGGAGUGGGGAUAGUCCGGCCGCCACCAUGGUUGCGCUCUCGCUGAAGAUCAGCAUUGGCAAUGUGGUGAAGACGAUGCAGUUUGAGCCCUCCACCAUGGUGUACGACGCCUGCCGCAUGAUCCGGGAGCGCGUGCCCGAGGCACAGAUGGGACAGCCCAAUGAUUUUGGGCUGUUCCUCUCGGAUGAAGACCCAAAGAAGGGGAUCUGGCUGGAGGCUGGGAAGGCACUGGACUACUACAUGCUUCGCAAUGGGGAUACUAUGGAGUACAAGAAGAAGCAGCGGCCCCUGAAGAUCCGCAUGCUGGAUGGAACUGUGAAAACAGUUAUGGUUGACGACUCCAAAACUGUCACAGACAUGCUGAUGACUAUAUGUGCCCGAAUUGGCAUCACCAACUACGACGAGUACUCACUGGUUCGAGAGAUCAUGGAGGAGAAGAAGGAGGAGGUCACUGGGACCCUCAAGAAGGACAAGACCCUGCUGCGGGAUGAGAAGAAGAUGGAGAAACUCAAGCAGAAGUUGCACACCGAUGAUGAGUUGAACUGGCUGGACCACGGCCGGACCCUGCGUGAGCAAGGCAUCGAUGACAACGAGACGCUACUGCUGCGACGAAAGUUCUUCUACUCUGACCAGAAUGUGGACUCACGAGAUCCUGUGCAGCUCAACCUGCUCUACGUGCAGGCACGCGAUGACAUCCUUAAUGGCUCCCACCCCGUCUCGUUUGACAAAGCAUGUGAGUUUGCUGGCUACCAGUGCCAGAUCCAGUUUGGGCCGCACAACGAGCAGAAACACAAGCCGGGCUUUCUGGAGCUGAAGGACUUCCUGCCCAAGGAGUACAUCAAGCAGAAAGGGGAACGCAAGAUCUUUAUGGCCCACAAGAACUGCGGGAACAUGAGUGAGAUCGAGGCCAAAGUUCGCUACGUGAAGCUGGCCCGCUCCCUCAAGACCUAUGGGGUCUCCUUCUUCCUAGUCAAGGAGAAAAUGAAAGGGAAGAACAAGCUGGUGCCACGUCUGCUGGGGAUCACCAAGGAGUGCGUGAUGCGCGUGGAUGAGAAAACCAAGGAAGUGAUUCAGGAGUGGAGCCUGACCAACAUCAAACGCUGGGCAGCCUCUCCCAAGAGCUUCACCUUGGAUUUUGGAGAUUACCAGGAUGGCUACUACUCGGUGCAGACAACAGAGGGGGAGCAGAUCGCCCAGCUGAUUGCUGGCUACAUCGACAUCAUCCUGAAAAAGAAAAAGAGCAAAGACCACUUCGGUCUGGAGGGAGAUGAGGAGUCCACCAUGCUGGAAGACUCUGUGUCUCCAAAGAAGUCAACCGUCCUGCAGCAGCAGUUUAACCGUGUGGGCAAGGCAGAGCUGGGCUCGGUUGCGCUGCCGGCCAUCAUGCGCACAGGGGCUGGGGGGCCAGAGAACUUCCAGGUGGGGACAAUGCCCCAGGCCCAGAUGCAAAUCACGAGUGGCCAGAUGCACCGAGGGCACAUGCCUCCUCUGACUUCAGCACAACAGGCACUAACAGGUACCAUCAACUCCAGCAUGCAAGCUGUGAAUGCAGCCCAGGCCACGCUGGAUGACUUUGAGACCUUGCCACCCCUCGGGCAGGAUGCCGCUUCCAAAGCCUGGCGCAAAAACAAGAUGGAUGAGUCCAAGCAUGAGAUCCACUCCCAGGUGGAUGCGAUCACUGCCGGCACAGCCUCAGUGGUCAACCUCACUGCAGGGGAUCCGGCAGACACAGACUACACGGCUGUGGGCUGCGCCGUCACCACCAUAUCUUCUAACCUGACUGAGAUGUCCAAGGGAGUGAAGCUGCUGGCUGCCCUGAUGGAAGAUGAGGGAGGCAAUGGGCGGCAGCUCCUGCAGGCAGCCAAGAACUUGGCCAGUGCCGUCUCAGACUUGCUGAAGACAGCACAGCCCGCCAGCGCUGAGCCCCGCCAGAAUCUCCUGCAGGCCGCUGGCCUCGUGGGCCAGACGAGCGGAGAGCUGCUGCAGCAGAUCGGGGAAAGCGACACUGACCCUCGGUUCCAGAUGCCCGAAAGCUGGCGUGCUUGGAUCCCGCCCUCCUCAGACCCAAAGACGGACAUGCUGAUGCAGCUGGCCAAGGCUGUGGCCAGCGCCGCCGCUGCACUGGUGCUGAAGGCCAAGAACGUGGCUCAGAAAACAGAAGACUCAGCCCUGCAGACGCAGGUGAUUGCAGCUGCUACGCAGUGUGCCCUCUCCACAUCCCAGCUGGUGGCCUGCACCAAGGUGGUGGCUCCCACCAUCAGCUCCCCGGUGUGCCAGGAGCAGCUGAUCGAGGCUGGCAAGCUGGUAGCCAAGUCAGCAGAGGGCUGCGUGGAGGCCUCUAAGGCAGCCACCAACGAUGACCAGCUGCUGAAGCAGGUGGGGGUGGCAGCCACCGCCGUCACCCAGGCCCUCAACGACCUGCUACAGCACAUCAAGCAGCACGCCACGGGCGGGCAGCCCAUCGGGCGCUACGACCAGGCCACCGACACCAUCCUCAAUGUCACUGAGAACAUAUUCAGCUCCAUGGGCGACGCAGGGGAAAUGGUGCGGCAGGCUCGUAUUCUGGCCCAGGCCACCUCCGACCUCGUCAAUGCCAUUAAAGCUGACGCAGAGGGAGAGACGGACCUAGAGAAUUCACGCAAGCUGCUGAGCGCGGCCAAAAUCCUGGCUGAUGCCACCGCCAAGAUGGUGGAGGCUGCAAAGGGGGCUGCCGCCCAUCCCGACAGCGAGGAGCAGCAGCAGCGGCUGCGGGAGGCGGCGGAGGGGCUGCGCAUGGCCACCAACGCUGCGGCUCAGAACGCCAUCAAGAAGAAGCUGGUGCACAAGCUGGAGCACGCGGCCAAGCAGGCAGCCGCCUCCGCCACCCAGACCAUCGCCGCCGCACAGCACGCUGCUGCCUCCAACAAGAACCCUGCUGCACAACAGCAGCUGGUGCAGAGCUGCAAGGUGGUGGCGGAUCAGAUCCCCAUGCUGGUGCAGGGCGUGCGAGGAAGCCAAUCGCAGCCGGACAGCCCCAGCGCCCAGCUGGCUCUCAUCGCCGCCAGCCAGAACUUCCUGCAGCCCGGUGGGAAGAUGGUUGCCGCGGCCAAGGCCACCGUGCCCACCAUCACUGACCAGGCCUCCGCCAUGCAGCUCAGCCAGUGUGCCAAGAACCUGGCUGCGGCCCUGGCUGAGCUCCGCACGGCCGCGCAGAAGGCACAAGAGGCCUGCGGGCCCCUGGAGAUCGACUCAGCACUGGGCCUGGUGCAGAGCUUGGAGAGGGACCUGAAGGAGGCCAAGGCGGCCGCCAGGGAUGGCAAGCUGAAGCCUCUGCCGGGAGAGACGAUGGAGAAGUGUGCGCAGGACCUGGGGAACAGCACCAAGGCCGUCACCUCUGCCAUCGCUCACCUCCUGGGCGAGGUGGCCCAGGGCAAUGAGAACUACACAGGCAUUGCUGCGCGGGAGGUGGCCCAGGCCCUGCGCUCUCUCAGCCAGGCCGCCCGCGGUGUGGCGGCCAACAGCUCGGACCCUCAGGUGCAGAACGCCAUGCUGGAGUGCGCUAGCGAUGUGAUGGAUAAGGCCAACAACCUCAUUGAGGAGGCUCGGAAAGCCGUGGCCAAGCCUGGGGACCCUGACAGCCAGCAGCGCCUGGUGCAGGUGGCCAAGGCGGUGUCACAGGCUCUGAAUCGCUGCGUGAACUGCCUGCCUGGGCAGCGGGAUGUGGAUGCUGCCAUCCGCAUGGUGGGAGAGGCCAGCAAGAGGCUGCUCUCAGAUUCGUUCCCUCCCAGCAACAAGACCUUCCAGGAGGCACAGAGCCAGCUGAACCGGGCUGCUGCAGGACUCAACCAGUCUGCCAAUGAGCUGGUGCAAGCAUCGCGCGGCACACCCCAGGACCUGGCCAAAUCCUCUGGGAAAUUUGGACAGGACUUCAAUGAGUUCCUGCAGGCAGGAGUGGAGAUGGCCAGCCUGUCUCCAACCAAAGAAGACCAGGCGCAGGUGGUAUCAAACCUGAAGAGCAUCUCCAUGUCCUCCAGCAAGCUGCUGCUGGCAGCGAAGGCACUUUCCGCUGACCCCACAUCCCCCAACCUCAAGAGUCAGCUGGCAGCAGCAGCACGGGCCGUGACUGACAGCAUUAACCAGCUGAUCACCAUGUGCACCCAGCAGGCGCCAGGCCAGAAGGAGUGCGACAAUGCUCUGAGGGAGCUGGAGACUGUGAAGGAGUUGUUGGAGAACCCCACCCAGACUGUCAAUGACAUGUCCUACUUCAGUUGCCUGGACAGUGUUAUGGAGAACUCCAAGGUGCUGGGUGAGUCCAUGGCUGGCAUCUCCCAGAAUGCAAAGAACAGUAAGCUCCCCGAGUUCGGAGAGUCCAUCAGCGCCGCCUCCAAAGCUCUCUGUGGGCUCACAGAGGCAGCAGCCCAGGCUGCCUACCUGGUGGGAGUUUCCGAUCCCAACAGCCAGGCCGGACAGCAGGGCUUGGUAGACCCCACUCAGUUUGCCAGAGCUAACCAGGCCAUCCAGAUGGCCUGCCAGAACCUGGUGGACCCUGCCUGCACACAGUCCCAGGUACUGUCAGCAGCCACCAUUGUGGCAAAGCACACCUCAGCCCUGUGCAACACAUGCCGCCUGGCCUCCUCCCGCACCGCCAACCCUGUCGCCAAGCGGCAGUUUGUCCAGUCAGCUAAGGAGGUGGCCAACAGCACAGCCAACCUGGUGAAGACCAUCAAGGCCCUGGAUGGUGCCUUCAAUGAGGAGAACCGGGAGCGGUGCCGCGCAGCCACGGCUCCUCUCAUAGAGGCUGUGGACAACCUGACAGCCUUUGCCUCCAACCCGGAGUUUGCCACCGUUCCUGCCCAGAUCAGCCCUGAGGGACGCAGAGCCAUGGAGCCCAUUGUCACAUCUGCCAAGACGAUGCUGGAGAGCUCUGCUGGCCUCAUUCAGACUGCCCGCUCCCUGGCCGUCAACCCCAAGGACCCGCCGCAGUGGUCGGUGCUGGCUGGCCACUCUCGCACUGUCUCAGACUCCAUCAAGAAACUGAUCACCAACAUGAGGGACAAAGCUCCUGGACAGCGGGAGUGCGACGAGGCCAUAGACGUCCUGAACAGAUGCAUGCGGGAGGUGGACCAGGCCUCCCUUGCAGCCAUCAGCCAGCAGCUCGCCCCCCGAGAAGGUAUCUCCCAGGAGGCUCUGCAUAACCAGAUGAUCACAGCUGUGCAGGAGAUCAACAACCUGAUAGAGCCUGUGGCCAGCGCAGCACGGGCUGAAGCCUCGCAGCUGGGACACAAGGUGUCCCAGAUGGCUCAGUACUUCGAGCCACUCAUUUUGGCAGCUAUUGGUGCUGCCUCCAAAACACCCAACCACCAGCAGCAGAUGAACCUCCUUGACCAGACCAAAACUCUGGCUGAGUCUGCCCUGCAGAUGCUGUACACAGCCAAGGAGGCCGGUGGGAACCCCAAGCAAGCUGCCCACACACAGGAGGCUCUGGAGGAGGCCGUGCAGAUGAUGAAGGAGGCAGUGGAGGACCUGACCACCACGCUCAACGAAGCAGCCAGCGCAGCAGGCGUUGUUGGGGGCAUGGUGGACUCCAUCACACAAGCCAUCAACCAGCUGGAUGAGGGACCAAUGGGUGAGCCAGAGGGGACCUUUGUGGACUACCAGACAACAAUGGUGAAGACGGCCAAGGCUAUCGCAGUGACUGUGCAGGAGAUGGUCACCAAAUCCACCACCAACCCAGAUGAGCUGGGCAUACUGGCCAACCAGCUUACCAAUGACUACGGGCAGCUGGCACAACAGGCCAAGCCGGCCGCGCUCACUGCUGAAAACGAAGAGAUUGGCUCCCACAUCAAGCGCCGGGUACAGGAGCUGGGCCAUGGCUGUGCUGCCCUGGUGACCAAGGCUGGAGCACUGCAAUGUAGCCCCAGCGAUGCCUACACCAAGAAGGAGCUGAUAGAGAGUGCACGCAAGGUCUCCGAGAAGGUGUCCCACGUGCUGGCAGCCCUGCAGGCUGGGAACCGUGGGACUCAAGCCUGUAUCACUGCAGCCAGUGCUGUCUCUGGCAUCAUUGCUGACCUUGACACCACCAUCAUGUUUGCCACAGCAGGAACUCUCAAUCGGGAGAACUCGGAAACCUUUGCUGACCACAGGGAGGGCAUUUUGAAGACAGCCAAGGCGUUGGUAGAGGACACCAAGGUGCUGGUUCAGAAUGCCACAGCCAGCCAGGAGAAGCUAGCCCAGGCUGCCCAGUCCUCUGUGUCCACCAUCACCCGCCUGGCCGAGGUGGUGAAGCUGGGUGCUGCCAGCCUGGGAUCUGAAGACCCAGAGACUCAGGUGGUUCUUAUCAAUGCUGUGAAGGAUGUGGCCAAAGCACUUGGGGAUCUGAUUGGAGCCACCAAAGCAGCUGCUGGCAAAGCUGGGGAUGAUCCUGCCGUCUAUCAGCUGAAGAACUCUGCCAAGGUGAUGGUCACCAACGUCACUUCCUUGCUGAAGACAGUGAAGGCUGUUGAGGAUGAGGCCACGAAGGGGACGCGAGCACUGGAGGCCACGAUAGAGCACAUCCGCCAAGAACUGGCGGUCUUCUCCUCCCCAGUGCCUCCUGCCCAGGUCUCGACCCCGGAGGACUUCAUCCGAAUGACGAAAGGCAUCACAAUGGCCACGGCCAAAGCUGUGGCUGCUGGCAACUCGUGUCGGCAGGAGGAUGUCAUCGCUACGGCCAACCUGAGCCGCCGUGCCAUUGCCGACAUGCUGCGCGCCUGCAAGGAGGCUGCCUACCACCCGGAGGUGAGCGCGGAUGUGCGGCAGCGGGCACUGCGCUUCGGCAAGGAGUGUGCUGAUGGCUACCUGGAGCUGCUGGAGCACGUGCUGGUGAUCCUGCAGAAGCCGACCCAUGAGCUGAAGCAGCAGCUGGCCGGGUACUCCAAGCGGGUGGCCAGCUCUGUCACUGAGCUCAUCCAGGCAGCUGAGGCCAUGAAGGGGACGGAGUGGGUUGACCCAGAAGAUCCCACGGUCAUCGCUGAGAACGAAUUGCUGGGUGCAGCAGCUGCCAUCGAGGCUGCAGCCAAGAAGCUGGAGCAGCUGAAACCAAGGGCAAAGCCCAAGCAAGCGGAUGAGAGCCUGGACUUUGAGGAGCAGAUCCUGGAAGCUGCCAAAUCGAUUGCUGCAGCCACGAGCGCCUUGGUGAAAGCAGCCUCAGCAGCCCAGCGAGAAUUGGUGGCCCAAGGAAAGGUGGGAGUCAUCCCAGCCAAUGCAGUGGAUGAUGGACAGUGGUCCCAGGGACUCAUUUCAGCUGCACGCAUGGUGGCUGCUGCCACCAACAACCUGUGCGAAGCUGCCAACGCAGCAGUGCAGGGCCACGCCAGUGAGGAGAAGCUGAUCUCGUCAGCCAAGCAGGUGGCUGCCUCCACAGCACAGCUGCUGGUGGCCUGCAAGGUGAAGGCUGAUCAUGACUCAGAGGCUAUGAAGAGGCUCCAGGCUGCUGGCAAUGCUGUGAAGAGAGCAUCGGACAAUCUGGUGAAGGCAGCACAGAAGGCAGCCGCCUUCCAGGACCAUGAUGAGACAGUGGUGGUGAAGGAGAAGAUGGUGGGAGGAAUUGCACAGAUCAUCGCUGCCCAGGAGGAGAUGCUGCGCAAGGAGCGGGAGCUGGAGGAGGCGCGCAAGAAGCUGGCCAUGAUCCGGCAGCAGCAGUACAAGUUCCUGCCCACCGAGCUGCGGGACGAGGAGCAGAACUGAGCCCUGCGCCUCUGCGCUGCGCCCAGGCAGAGCCCUCCUGCCACUCACUGCACAGACUGCUGCCGCCGGCUCCUAUUUAAGACACCCCACCUCCAACAACGCUGGGCUGCCUCGGCGAGACCAGCGCCCUGCCCGCACCGGUGCACCAGGACUAACCCAGACACCGUGCAGGUGCCGCACCUGCACCGCUGCUUCGCCACCCAGCCCACCUCUCCACGCAGUGCACCGGGCUGGGAGCCUGUCCUGGGGCAGCUCAAGGUGCCCCUGGGGCCCGAGGCUCCCCGCUGCCUGGGGCCUGGCCCUUCACGCCUUUCAGGACUUUCCUCGUGCCUUCGUGUCCUUUCUCUUGCUUCUUUCUUCUCCCUCCUCCAGGUGGGAGCGGGUGAGGCCUGUGCCUUGCCCUUGUUUGGGGAUCAUCUCUGCACCUUCCCUUGUGCCUCGCACAGAGCCUCCUUUCACCUCUAUGCCUUACUGCUGGCUGAAUGCCCCUGCACUCCGCAGCAGCGGCCUCCCGGGAGGCACCGCGCACCCUCCUCAGUGCCUCCGCUUGGGGCCGGUGCCAUGGCUUCACCCCGGGAUCUGCUGUUCCCACCUUGUUGCCUCCCAGCCAGCUCUCCCUCCCUCCUCCUUCCCAAGUGCCUGCGUUGUUUUCUGAGAUCUUCAGUAUUUUUUAUAACUUUUAAAUUUCUGUAGUAUUGAGCCUGCAGCUUUCCAAGUUCAUUUAUCCCCUCACUCACAUCGCCCCCACUAACGCCCAGAGCCCAGUGCCUGCCCGGGGUCCCGGAGCACACAGCUCCCCCUCCCUCCCUGGCUCCGGGACCUCCCUCCCUCCCCUUUGCACUUGCUGAGGCUUCUCUCACUAUUUUGAUACUUUGAGCAUCCCAUAUUACACAUGGAAGGAAACCACCUUCCCCCGAAGCUCCGGGGUGGGGGGAUGCGGAUGGCUCUUCGGAAAGACGCUUUCAUCAAUAAAAGUGGUUUUCCUGCUU